GACAUAAACAUGUUUUUCAUUCAAUUUAUUUGCAUAAGCAUUUCAAUAAUAGGAAUUUUAGCCAUAUCCCUUGGUUCAGAGUCCGAAUCCUUAUUAACCUGUUCAAAAUUUCAUUUUGAAGAAAAGGUCUUGGAAAAGAUGAUUCGCUUGGAAAAUAAAAUGGAAGUCUAUUCGGAAAAGAUUAAACUCUGGGAAGAGUCUGUUUCUUCCAAAUUGGAACAUAAAAUGGAAGUAUAUGCAGAAAAGGUAAAGCUAUGGGAAGAGUCUGUUUCGUCUAGUUUGAAUAAAGUUACUGAAGCAAUGAAACAAACAGAGACAUUCGUUGAUUCAAUGCGAGGCGCACAUCUAUUGGACCAAACACGGUUUAAUGAUUCUUUCCUUGAAGUGAAGAAACAAACAAAAGCAUAUGUUGAAUCAAUGCGAGACGCACAACUACAGGACCAAACACGGUUUAAUGAUUCUUUCCUUGAAGUGAAGAAACAAUCAGAAGCAUUUGUUGAUUCAAUGCGAAACGCACAUCUACUGGACCAAACACGAUUUAAUGAUUCAUUCAUUGAUGUUAAGAAAAAAGCAGAAAUAUUUAUUGAAUCAAUGCGUAAUGCACAGCUACAGGACCAAACACGGUUUAAUGAUUCUUUACUUGAAACUAUAGAUCGUUUUAAAUCGCAGUCAAAAAAUGAAACUGAGUACAACAAAAGACAGAUGAAUUCAUUGUUGGAUUCCUUUUCUUCAAAAAUUCAAGAAUUAAAUGAAGCUGAACGUACAAGGGAAAACACAACAAAGUUAUCACUUCUUCAAGAACAGAAUAGAUUUAAUAAAUCGUUCGAUAAGAUUGCAGAAGACUUCCAGGUUCGCUUCAACAAGCUUUUGCAAGACAUUGCUUUAAAACAGCAGAAAGUUGCUCUGACCGCCUGUGCCACAGGUUCUACAGUGCCAGGUGGAGCAGUUGUACAAUUUCCGAAUAUCAAAACCAACAUUGGGAUAACCGACUUAUCUGCUUAUAAAUCAACUGGAAAAUUCGUGUGUACUGUUGCUGGAUUGUACCAUGUUUCGGCCGUUAUGAUGACAAAAACUGAUGGACAACGUUACUAUAUUUAUAAAAACAGUGACAGGAUGAUAACAACACUUUACGGUAAAGUUCACUCUUAUGAAACUAAAACCAGUGUUUUUGUCACGAUGUUGGAUGUCGGUGAUGAAAUAACAGUAAGGACUAGUGGUUCUCAGUAUAUAUAUCAAUUUUCAUGUUUCACAAUUGUUAAACUAAACUAAAAGAAGUUUAAUUUAAGGUGUUUAUAACUUUUGAAGAUUGGUUAUAUAGCAUGUUUCCAGUACCAAAGACAGCUUAUAUAUA